AUGUCCCGAUGUUUGCUUCAGUGACUAUGCAAAGUAGGCUUUCCACCUGCUCAACGGCAAUUUCGACACGUCAACCACGCCAACGCCAAGUUUAAAUCUCCCACGCAAGCGCUGGUGCCCACGGACGGAUAGGGAGGAGCCUUGGACCGAGACCGACCGACCUGGAGAGACGCACAGUCACGAGCAGAAUACUCCAAGUCCAGAAUCCGGUGGCCGUGGCGACCUCUCCAGAACCAUCCGGUCCGCCGGGAUUCGCCAGCGCGAGCGGUGGCAGGUGCACGCUUUGCUCCGGACGCCCGCGCGCGGGGCUCCCGGCCGGGCACGGCGCGCGCACGUGUCCCCUGCGACGCCGCCUGGGCUCGCCGCGCUGGCGGGGCGCGCACACGCGUCGUCGCCUCCCCAUCCCCUGCGCAUGCAGAGAGAGCUAGCCGGCCGAAGCUUCAGUCUCACGCGGUCCAGCGCGGUCCUCGGCAAGUCGGCAGCCGAUGGAUAAGCCCUGGCAGCCGGUUUGGUCCCCUAACCCGGCCACCUAGGCUCGCCUUUAAAAACGGGAGCUGCUGCUUCGUCGACCUACUAGCCUGUCCAUUACCAGUCUUCACUGCUGCUGCUAGAGCUCAGCUCAGCUCGAGUGCCGCCUGCUCCCAUUGCUGGGCUGUGCAAGCUUAGGCUCGCUGCUCUAGAUUCGGCAAGGGGAAGAAGCAGAAGGGAGGAGAAGCUACCUACGCUUCGACGACAAUGGCCGGGGUCGGGAGGAACAUGGUGGCGCCGCUCAUGGUGCUCAACCUCAUCAUGUACCUCAUCGUCAUCGGCUUCGCGAGCUGGAACCUCAACCACUUCAUCAACGGCCAGACCAACUACCCGGGUGUGGCCGGCAACGGCGCGACGUUCUACUUCCUGGUGUUCGCGAUACUGGCCGGCGUGGUGGGCGCGGCGUCGAAGCUGGCCGGCGUGCACCACGUCCGCGCGUGGCGCCACGACAGCCUCGCCACGACCGCGGCGUCGUCGCUCAUCGCCUGGGCCGUCACGGCGCUCGCCUUCGGGCUGGCGUGCAAGGAGAUCCACAUCGGCGGGCACCGCGGGUGGCGCCUCCGCGUGCUGGAGGCCUUCGUCAUCAUCCUCGCCUUCACGCAGCUGCUCUACGUGCUGAUGCUCCACGCGGGCCUCUUCGGCGGCAGCGGCGGCUACCGGGACCAGGACUACGGCGUCGGCGGCGCCGCCGGCGAGCCCAAGGGCCCCAGGGUCUGAUCGGCUCUCGAUCUGAAGCGUUCGGUCAUGCACGCGCCUCUGCAGCCGCGGCGUUAACGUAAUAGUAAUGGGAUGUGUGUGGGUGUGGGUGUUGAUGGUGUGUACCUAGUGUCGAUCGAUCGUCUGCUCAUCUCUAUUUGUAGUCAGGUCAGCUCAGCUCAGCUCUGGCUUGUACAUGUACCCUGUCAAGUGUAUUUUGUGUGCCGUCGGUUUCAGUCAGUGACGACACUGAUGAGAUGAGGGUGUGUUUUGUAUCAAAUCUGUCAACUUCUUCAGGUUUCGAAUACCCAGUUUCACUCCA